CCUUGUUAUAAAACUACUUAUCGCAGAUUGUAUACUGUGGAAAUAAUAUUCCCGUGAUUAUUUUGUUUAGUUCUAAUUGAUAAAAAAAAAAGAUUUAUAAAUACUGCAAGAUUGCAAUUUGUCAUACCUUGGCUGGAUGUUGAUUGGUCUUUUCUUUAGUUCUACAAUUAUGGGACCUAAAUUAAAAUGUUGAUGAAGUAAGCACCUGCUGCAUUGCAGCCUUGGUUUCUUAGACCUCUCUCAGCACAUACUAGUACUAGAUGCAACUACCUUCUUUAUUUUUCACACUGAAAUAUUGAUUGCAAGUAGUAAUGAAAAAAUUACUAGAUCUUAUUGUUCUGUGAAAUAUUGAUCAAGUUGAAAGUCUCAAAAAUGUUAUUUUCAGAUUGAGUAAUGAUGCCACACUCUAAGAUCAUAUUUAUAUCUAUAAUUAAAAAUAUUUAUUGUGUCACUUUCAUUAAAAAUAAUUAUUAUGGUUGGUAUGGUUGCAUUUGUUUUUUUCCCAAAUUUUGUUAUUAGCUAUGUGCAUAUUCAUUCCUCUUUCCAGAGGGUAAUUUGAUCUAUGACCCUUGGACAUAUGCAGUGUUUCGUAUCUCUUGGGGGAGGGGCUGUUAUUAGGCUAUGAUGAUGGUGUUAUUGUACUGAUUAAUUCAUAAGUGUUAAUGGGCCCCAUCGAUAUGGCCGGGUAAUCCUCGCCCGAAUGGCCAUAUUGCAGUUUGUGAUACUUUCCACAAAAUGCAAUUGGAGUUUGGGUGGGGUUUUGCAGCCAUUCGAUGCAAGUCACAUCUUACGCAUGCUGUCAAUAUUUACACCAUUCUGAACCACAAUUAUUAAUAUAUUCGAUAUAAUGCGACCGGAUGGGGAUGCUCUUAUUUAGCAGUAUUAUGAUUUGCUCAUUGUUGUUUGGUUGUUGUUUUGUAUUAUGUUGUGAUAUAGAAGUAAUGUGAAAACUAAUAGAAGUUGGCUGUGAUGAUGACAAAGCCUGGUGGACAUACAGGAAAUUUAUGCUCAUUUCCUCAAUGGCUAGGUAACUCGGACGGCCAACAAGUAUUGGCAACCGGUUGUUGCAGCCAUUAGUGGGUGGCCAAAUUUCCAAUGAAUCACCAUUCGGUUCCUGAGCCUGCGACCCCGACUAAAACCCAAAUUUAGUCGUUUCUUGUUCUAACAUGUCAUUUUAUUUAGAAAUGGAUUCACAAGAUUCUGGACAUAUGUACUUCACCAAUCUCCUUAGUCAAGAUCCUCAACUCGACCACACUUACGGUGGGCAAAGUGGAACCUAUCUGGUGACCCUUGAUGACUCUCCACCCCUACCCCCUAACGAGCCUAUAGGGGUUAAGAAAUCAGUCAGGGGUGCGAACUUCACCCCCGAAGAAGACAAGUUACUUGUCUCUGCAUGGCUAAAUUGUAGCCUUGAUGCCGUCUAGGGAACAGAUCAAAAACACUCCCAACUUUAGGAAAAAAUUUAUGAGUACUUCCACCAAUUUAAAGAAACCAUAAAUGAGCGGACAAUAAAGUCUUUAAUUCAUCGAUGGUCGGUUAUCCAAAAGGCCACAAACAAAUUUUGUGGGAAACUAGCCCAAGUUGAAGGGUUAAAUCAAAGUGGCAUGACCGAGCAAGAUAAGUUUGACAAGGUCAAGGUUAUGUACCAAUCGCUAGAAAAAUGCUCCUUCCAGUUCGAGCAUUGUUGGCACCUGUUGAAGGACCAACCUAAGUGGAUUUGGAGUGCCACGAAGGAGGAUCCAAAGCGAAGGAAAACGAUGUCCCCAUCCCCGACGCCAACUCGAUGUUCUGGCGCUACAGUUGAUUCAGUUUUUUAUCUCGAGGCGGAUCAUGUGAUGGAGAAUGAAGUUAUCGAGCCCGACCGACCAAUGGGAAGGAAAGCUGAGAAAGGAAAACGAAAGGCCCAAGGCCAGCAUGCAGAGGAGAACUUCCAACUUAGGAAGAUGAAGUAUACUCUGUUAGAGGAGUCAAGCGCUCAGGAGAAAGAGUUUUUUCGUCUUAAAGCCGAGAAGAUGGCGUAUGAUAAGGAGACGGAGGCCAGAAAAUUACGUCAAGAGGACGAACGGCUUCGGUUGGAGGCUGAGAAAGUGGAGCUCGCGAAGAAGGAAUCAGAUCAGCGCAUUAUGAUGAUGGAUGUGAGUGUCAUGCCAGAAUUGUAGCGGCAGUUUUUCCAGCAACUCCAGAGGGAGG